AUGAAAACUACGAGAUACUCGAUAUCACGGCAAAAGGCCUGCCAGCCAUGCUCGAAUGCAAAGGCGAAAUGCGACCAUAAGGCACCGUCUUGUGGCCGAUGGUCGGCUGCACUUGACUUCUUGCGCCUCGACCUCGUGUGUCCCAUCAACGCAGAUGACAUCCGGAACCGCUGGCUCAAUUCUUACAUUCCUGUCCCUGGACAGACCAUCAAAACACUGUCCACGACCAUCACAGCCUUCACCUACAGGAUCCUGAAAUCCUACGCGGCUAUCGCGGUCCGAGGCCAUGGCGGCUUGCCAUUUCUACACCCAGCACAGCCGCUUCAGACGUCGCCGAACCCGCCGCUCCCGGCCUGCUUGAGCUUGAUUCGGGUCUGCGAAAAGCCGCUGCCUGGUAGCGAAGGGAUCGCUGCCGAGAUUAUGCAGCGCGAGAUGGGCAAGCUCCACGGGCAGCACGACACUUACGACGACAUGACUCUGCUUGCUGCAUUCCAAGCGUAUCUGAUAUAUACCUUGGCCUUCUACUUCCUGCUCGGGCGGGAAGCCGAUCCUUUCCUCCACCAGGCCAUGAUCAAUCUCCAAGAGAUUGCAUGCUCGUGCUCGGCGCAGGGUCUCGUGUGCUCAGCCGAGCAAGAUCGAACUCGUCCGAAAUGGGAGUCCUGGAUUGUCGCCGAGGCAAAGCGGCGAACGUUGUUCACCAUGUACCUCUUAGACAACAUGCUCUCUGCCAAAGAUGGCCUCCCGACCUUCCUCGGAACAGAGUUGCGAGGAUUGCUUGCGCCAGCAAGUAAAUGGCUAUGGCAGGCAGGGACCCGAGACGAGUGGGAGAAAUCAUACAACGUCUAUUUGGCCGAGUGGCCUGAGGGCGGCCUUUGCAUCGACGAGCUUUGGUCAAUUCCCCCAGACUUGGACGAGGCAGAUGUUGUCAACAGACGCAGCAGGGUGGACCGGUGGUUGCAGAGCGUCGAUGAGUUUGGGACAAUGAUGUAUGCGGUAACGAGCUGCACGCAUGGCGUGCGAAAAGCUCCCGAGCCACCAUACAGCAUCUUCGACAAGCGGCAGAAAGCACUGAUCGUGCUGAUCGUUUCUGUGGCCGCAACACUCUCCGGUUUCGCGUCCAACAUCUAUUUCCCUGCCCUCCCGACAGUCGCCAGGGACCUCGGCGUCUCCAUCGAGCUCGUCAACCUCACUGUCACCACGUACCUCGUGUUUCAGGCCAUCGCGCCCAGCCUCUGGGGUCCUGUGUCAGAUGUCAAGGGGCGCCGGAUUGCGUACUGCGGCACGUCUGUUGUGUUCUUCGGGGCCUGCAUCGGGUUGGCAGAGGCCAAGACGUAUGCUGCCGUGCUCGUGUUGCGAUGUUUGCAGAGUACCGGCAGCGCGAGCACCAUUGCCAUUGGCUCCGGGGCGAUUGGAGACAUCACCACCCGUGAUGAGCGUGGAGGUUUCAUGGGCAUCUUCCAGGCAGGGCUGCUCGUGCCUGUCGCUGUGGGACCUGUGAUCGGAGGGGCGCUUGCGGGAUCCCUGGGAUGGAGGUCCAUAUUUUGGUUCUUGGCCAUAUACAGCGGUGUUUUCCUCGUGCUCCUCAUUCUUCUCAUGCCCGAGACGCUGAGGUCGAUCGUCGGGAACGGGAGCCGGACGCCGUCGAACCAAGCUGCUAAGUAUCCCCUGGUCGUCUACCAAAGAAUCACCAAGAUCAAAUGGGAUCGCAACACAGUGCAGUCGGAGCCGCCGGCAAAAAAACGUAUUGACCUCGUCGGUCCCUUUCGCAUUCUCGUCAGCAAGCAAGCCGCCCCGAUCAUCGUCUUUCUCGCCGUGUACUACGCCGUCUGGCAGAUGACCAUCACGGCCAUAUCCAGUCUCUUUCAGGAGCAUUACGGCCUUGGGGAGACCGAGAUUGGCUUGACCUUUAUCGCUAACGGCGUCGGUUCCAUGACUGGAACGCUUGUCAUGGGCAAGAUCCUCGAUAUGGACUAUCGGCGCUUCAAGGCCCAGCACGAGUGUCAACUACAAUCCACACGGGCGGCCGUCGACACUGACGGUGACGCGGAGGAUGACUUCCCCCUCGAAAAGGCGCGUCUACACCUGAUCCCCGCCUUUGCGCUCCUGCAGUGCGCGUCCGUGAUCGUCUUCGGCUGGACCAUCCAGUACCCCCAGCGGGUACACAUUGCCGUGCCGAUCGUGACGACCUUCGUGACGGGCUGGACAGCCAUCGCGACGCAGUCGGUCGUCACGACGUACCUCGUCGACGUCUUCCACGACCGCAGCGCGGCCGCCAGCGCGAGCCUCAAUCUCGCCCGGUGUCUGUUCGCCGCCGCUGGUACGAGCUUCGUCAUGCCCAUGAUCAAUGCCAUGGACGUCGGGUCGGCAUGCACCGUCUGCGUCGCGGCCCAGCUCGUCGCGUUGCUAGGGCUCGCGGUGCAGUGGAGGUUUGGCGGCAAGUGGAGGAAAGCGGCCGAGGAGAGCAGGCGGGCC